AUGGUGGACUACUACGAGGUGCUGGGCGUGCCCCGGCAGGCCUCGGCCGAGGCCAUCAAGAAGGCGUACCGCAAGCUGGCGCUCAGGUGGCACCCGGACAAAAAUCCUGAGAACGAGGAGGAAGCGGAGAAGAGAUUCAAACAAGUGGCCGAGGCUUAUGAGGUGUUGUCGGACGCCAAGAAACGGGACGUCUAUGACAGAUACGGUGAAGCAGGAGUCAGUGGCGGCGGCUGCAGCGGGCCCUUCGAGGACCGCUUCGAAUACGUCUUCACCUUCCGCGACCCGGCCGAAGUCUUCAGGGAGUUUUUCGGUGGCAGGGACCCAUUUUCGUUUGACUUCUUCAGAGACCCGCUGGAAAACAUAUUUGGGGGUCGGAAGAGUACCCAGGGAAGCAGAAGUAGAGGAUCCGCACCCCUUUUCUCUACCUUCACUGAAUUUCCAGCUUUUGGGAGUGGAUUUUCUUCCUUUGAUACAGGAUUUUCUUCAUUUGGUUCCAUGGACAACGGGAGCCUUUCUUCCUUCUCCAAGUCCUGUGGUAGUGGUGGGUUGGGCAACUUCAAAUCCAUGUCGACUUCCAUCAAAAUAGUUAACGGCAAGAAAAUCACCACCAAGAGAGUCAUUGAGAAUGGCCAAGAAAGAGUGGAAGUGGAAGAAGAUGGAAAAUUCAAGUCCCUGAUGAUAAAUGGCAAGGAGCAGUUGCAGUUGUAG